AUGUCCGUCGCUAUGCAGACAUACAGGCCAACACAGGUUGGCGAGCGCACAUAUUCAUCGCUUCAGUCACUGCUCGACGACCCCGCCCAGCUCUUCAUGUCGUCCAACUCGAUCCAGCGUCCUAUGGGUGGGGAUCUGGAUAUCUUGUCGGCUUCUCGCUACCCCCAGGGACUGAUGCAGCCUUACGAAGAGAUGGCUGAGAAUCCUCGCAAGCGCAAGGCCGCAACCGCGUCCAACCACUUGUACGGAGGCAUUGUCUUGGCCACUGCUGCUCCCAGUGACGGGGAUCAUUCAUCCUCUGGAGAACAGGACCAAGCGUCCACCCAAAAGAAGUCCCGGUCGACCAAGCGUGCGUCGGUGGCCGCCAACGAUGGGGACGACCAAGCCACUGAAAAGAAGCAACGGGGUCGACCGAGACUCGACACCCACGACGAAACGGCGGCCGAUCAGAGCUUCCGGCACCGCAAGGAAACCACCAUCUCGGCGCUGAAGCAAAAGGUCACCGACCUCCAGACCACCAUCGAGCACAUGAACAAGACCUUUCUGACCCUCCAUGACAACAUGGUCGACGCCGGCAUCUUGACCUCGCACUAUUCCCUGGGCCGCCAGCUCCAGGCCGCCACCGAGGAAUUCGUCGCUUUGUCCAAGAUCGCCACACCCGAGUCCGACGAGGAAGAAGAGGCGGCCAUUGCCAAAAUCACCAAGGGCGGCGAUGGCGGAAAGCCCUCGUCCGAAGCAGGUGAGAGCAGCAACAGGAGAUCUAGUGCCCCGCUGGGCGGCUCCAAGACCUCGUCACGAGGCGCAGCGACAAAGACUAAUAAUGUACGUCGGGCGGUUAGUUUCGAUCAGAGCUCUACCGACGCGGAUGCCGAUGUGGAAGAGCUUCCUCUGAUCGCCAACAACAAAGAGGACCACCCGUUGGUCGCGCUUUCGGAGACGGCCUGGUCGACGGACAACUCUAACCUCCACGGCCUGAAUGACCUGAUGUCCUUCAAUGCUAUCGUUCCCGACGUCGUCCUGUUCGACGACCCCCACGAGAAAGUCGUCAUCGAACGCCCGCUCAAGCCCUCCUACCAGGCCGAGGGUUCCUACACGUACAGCUUCCAGGAGACGACCUUCGCCCGCCGCCUCCACCGCAUGUGUCUCGAGCGAGCAUUCCGCAACUUGACCAAUCCGGACGUCGACCCGGAGUACAUCAAGCGGGCGUUCCGCUUCACCUUCUGCUUCUCCAACCGCAAGCGGAUGCUGCAGCGGUUUCAGGAGAUGCUUAAGCGCAAGGCCGGCGAGUCACUCGAGAACUGGAACGUGCCCUUCUUCCACAUCGGCGGUGCGGGUACGCACUCCCCCCGCCGCGACGAGGGCGGCAACCCCAUCUACCCACCGAACAUGAUCAGUCCUGCCAAGGCGUUCGGCCCACAGCCCUACGUGCAGGCCGAAACGCCGCGGAUGGAGACGUCGGUGCAGGAGAUGCUUGAGAACAUCGGCUUUGGGGGCGUGUGGUUCGAUAGCCACGACGUGGAGGAGUAUCUCAAAAGCAAUGGCAUCUACCUCGACGGCCAGAGCAGCUUCAUCGAAGUCGACCCCAGCGUCCUGCCACGAGUCAAGGCCUCCCUGCUGUCCUCCAGCGACGGAACGUCGAGCUCAGACCGCAGCCCCCUCGACGCGGGUCUGCGCACUCCCAGUCCCAUCCUCAUUGCCGAAGGUCUCGCCGAUCCCAUCACCGACCCGUUCAUCGCCCGUGAGCUGGGCGAGAUGUUUGCCCGGCCGAGCACGUUAUUCCCACCCUCUUCCUCCUCUUCCUCCUCCGCCUCGUCCGCCGCCGCCCCCGCCGCCACCACCACCUCCGCGUCACAGAGCAAUGCAAAACCCGCCGACGAUCCGUGGGCCGACUUCACUGGGCUCACCGCCGCAUCUUCGCCACCGACCUUCUCGGACCUGCUGAGCCGACGACCGAAUCUGCUCACCUUUGACGUGGAGAUGUUCCUGGAGCGCAUGAUUCUUGGGAGCGCGUGCCUGGGCCGGGCUCCCGGCUUCCGCAAGGAGACGAUCGACGAGGCGCUGAUGAUGAGUCUGCAGGAGAGCUUUUGA